UCCAUGUGGUCUUCAAAAAAUCUGCAAUGUGAUGAACCAAGAAGUCAAGAAAGAGACUCCACUGCAGUUCAAAUUCCGUGCAAAAUUCUAUCCUGAAGACGUCGCCGAGGAAUUGAUACAAGAUAUUACGCUGCGACUUUUUUACCUUCAGGUGAAAAACGCUAUUCUUACGGAUGAAAUAUAUUGUCCACCAGAAACUUCCGUUCUGUUGGCUUCGUAUGCCGUUCAAGCGAGACAUGGAGAUUAUCAGAAGGGAAAUCACCCUACUGGCUUUCUGGCAAAUGAUCGGCUGUUACCACAGCGUGUUGUGGAUCAACAUAAAAUGAGUAAGGAGGAAUGGGAUAACUCUAUUACAAACUGGUGGCAGGAACACCGUGGUAUGUUGCGAGAGGACGCCAUGAUGGAGUAUCUAAAAAUUGCUCAGGACUUAGAGAUGUAUGGUGUGAAUUACUUUGAAAUUCGCAACAAGAAAGGCACAGAUCUUUGGUUGGGUGUGGAUGCUUUAGGUUUGAACAUCUACGAGAAGGACGAUAAGCUCACGCCGAAAAUCGGCUUCCCCUGGUCCGAGAUACGGAAUAUCUCGUUCAACGAUAAGAAAUUCAUAAUCAAGCCAAUCGACAAGAAGGCACCGGACUUUGUAUUUUUCGCCAACAGAGUCAAGAUUAACAAGAGAAUUCUUGCGUUAUGCAUGGGUAAUCACGAGCUUUACAUGCGCAGACGUAAGCCAGACACGAUCGAUGUGCAACAGAUGAAGGCUCAAGCAAGAGACGAAAAGAUGGCGAAACAACAACAGAGAGAGAAAUUGCAAUUGGAGAUAGCUGCUCGAGAGCGUGCGGAGAAGAAACAGCAGGAAUACGAAGAGAGGCUAAGAAAUAUGGCAGAAGAAAUGGAUAGGCGGAAUGCUGAGUUGAAUGAAGCUCAGGAAAUGAUUCGGCGCUUGGAGGAGCAGCUGAAGCAAUUGCAGGCUGCUAAGGAAGAACUAGAGAAUCGUCAGAAGGAAUUGACAGCGAUGAUGGAGAAGUUGGAACUCUCGCACGAAAUGGAGGCUGCAGAACGCGCUAAACUCGAACAGGAAAUAAGAGCCAAGCAAGAGGAAGUGCAACGCAUACAAUCUGAGGUGGAAGCUAAAGACGCAGAAGCUAGGAGAUUACAGGCUGAGUUUGAAGCUGCCAAAUUGAGACAAGAAGAAGCUGACCGACAAUAUCAGGCCAAUCAGACUCCGCAUCAUCAUCACGUCGAGGAGAACGAAGAGGGCGAAGAGGAGGGUGAGGACGAAGUUCCUCAAGGAGACGUUACUAAGGAUCUUGCGACUGACGAGUCAAUAAUCGAUCCUGUUGGAGAGCGACGUACUUUAGCAGAGAGAAGCGAACGUCUUUAUGAUCAGUUGAAGGCAUUAAAGAAAGAUCUCGCUCAGUCGCGCGACGAGUCCAAGGAGACGGUGAUGGACAAGAUUCACAGGGAAAACGUGCGUCAGGGCCGCGACAAAUAUAAGACGCUUCGCGAAAUCCGCAAAGGCAACACCAAACGCCGCGUUGAUCAAUUCGAGAACAUGUAAAUUAAUGUGCGUGCAUCUAAUCACUUACUUUAUACAUGUCCUUUUCUACCUUCAAUUUCUCACCUGACUUUGCGAAAGCGAGGAAUGCAGUAAAACGAUAAUGAGGAAAGAAAAAAGAAAGUAAUUAAUAAGGUAGGGAGAGAAAUAGAGAGAGGUAUAGAUUCUACAAUAAAUGUAUAAAUAGAAUAAUUUGAACAAUAGCAGAUACACAUUUUCAAUCAAUUACACUUCAACUUUUCUCAAAAUUGCGCGAAUGACUGACAACCGUGACUAUCGUAUAUCGAGAAUUAUAACCAAUAUUUACACCUUACGUUAGCUUGAUGACAAUUAUUAUAUUAUAUACCCUCACGUAAAGUGAUAAUCAAAGAUGUUACAUUUUUGGUAAGGAACGCGACGACAGUGAGCGAUUCGCGCGCCGUCUUCCAUAUAUACUUCCACGUUAAUUAACACUGCAUGAUUGGCUCUACCGCGGAAUCGUCACAGAAGCGCGAGUAAAUGUUCUCGUUACUUCGCGUAAAAGUGCCUUGCUUGUAAAGCUAGUAAUUCUUGUAACUACCUUAAUAGCAAAAAUGAAUAUUAUUAUUACUCUAAUAAUUUAGCGUGAUAUUCUUGGUUCGAUAAAGGCACUUUGCGCCCAAGUGACAAGAAAAUUUCCGGUAGUGAAUUUCGUUACCGUUACUUAAACCUUUCUCGGCGCAUUGAUGGAUCAACAUCUCGACUAUCAAAGUGCCAGUAUCAUCUCGCCUCACAAUAAGUAUUACUGCCGGUCAUUUAUACCGAUACUUAACUGCUGGUUAUCUACCGGUGUCCCGCCCGUCGCGGUUUUUAUCGCGCCGUCGUGCGAUAUCAUCCGUCCUCGAUAAUAAGGAUUUAUUUUCGAGAAGCCAUCAACGUUUAUCAUCACUACUUGCAUCUCGGUUCAUGCAUCGUGAUGGUAAUUACAAUUGUUACUCGAUUACGAACAGUUAUCUUGUGCGCUUAGUUCGGGCCAUAUUUAGACAAAAGAAUGUACAUUACUUGAAGACAUUUAUUAGUUAACCAGCGAUUUGUAACUGAAUAUCAAGGGAUCGAGAUAAGGCAUAUGGCGCUUAUAUUGUAGCAAGAUAGUAGAAAUUUAGACAUCCACCUUAAAAUUCGUAUUGGGCAGCGACCGUUCCGAGCAAGGAGACAU